UCCGCCACGUGGGUGGCCCGAGGCGCCAUGGCGACGGCUUCGCCUCGGGUGCUUUUGGGGCUGCGCGACGCCGCCGUCCCGCCGGGCAAUGGCCUCCCGUCGCAGGGCGCCGCCAGCAAGCUGGGCGGGUCUCCGGAUUGGAAGCUCUCCGUCCCUGGGAUCCAUCCCUCCUGUGAGGUUUGCAGGGCUGGCUUGCUCCACGUGGUGCAAAUCUAUUGCCCCCUUGAAGGCUCACAGUACCACCGGGUCAUCAACGUUUUUGCUUGUGCCACAGAAAGCUGCUGGGGGAAUUCUGAAAGCUGGAAGGUGUUACGAUCCCAGUAUUUGCAAGUCCCAAGAAACGAAAUACAAGGCUGCACAUGGAAGCAGGAGCAAGAAUGGACCCAAGCAGCCACGGACUGGUGCAGUGGAGCAGAGGACUGGGGAGAGGACUGUGAAGAGGCACCUUCUGAGCUGUGUGGGACUUCCAGCUCUAUCCCCAGAGAAACACAGUGUGCGGCUCUGUUGCAGAGGAUGAGCCUGGGGGGAAACCCCGGGGCCCUUUGUGAUCUGACUCGGGAAGAGCAGAUCAAGCCCUCCAGCCGCGGCCCUGAGUUCCAGCCCUACUACAUCAGUGUAGUGGAUGAAGAAGACUACCUCUGUUGGGACCACCUGGAUGAUGCCCAGAGGCUCCUAAAGGAGUAUCAGCAGAGGGAGGGUGUGGAUUUGGAGCAUUGGAUGUCAGCAAGUUACACCCCUGAUGCCUCUGGUGAGAAGUAUGAGAAGAGUGAAGCUGAAAAGAGAAACCAGAUAUUCUACAAAUUCAUGAAAAGAAUUUCCUCCUGCCAGGAACAGAUCUUAAGAUACUCCUGGAAUGGCCAACCUUUAUUUAUUACCCCCCCACCUGCAGACUUCCAGACAAGAAUCCCACCCUGUAACAACUGCAAAAGCAAGAGAAUCUUUGAAUUCCAGCUGAUGCCAACCCUAGUCAACAUGCUGAAGACCAGAGAAAAUGAUACAUCAGUAGAAUUUGGAACUGCAAUAGUCUACACAUGUGAGAAAAGUUGUUGGACAGCCGGCUGUUCUUCACCCUUGGAAGAAUUUAUUUUUGUACAAGAAGAUCCAGACCAGCGAUUGUUUAAAUAGAUUCUAUUUUCAUUCCUUGCCUAACUGAAGGCACCCAAGAAGAGUGAAUCGGAUAUAUGAAGCCCUGUAGUUUGUCAAAAAGAGGAAUGUUGGCCUCCACUGGGCCUACCUGGCUAAUAUUGUCCAGGCUCAGAAGCAUAUAUUGUGUAGAUGUGCACCCAUGCACGACUCUGUAAAGCCUUUUGUGUUGGGGGCGGGGUUUCUGCAUCUUCCCACUACAGCUGGGUUGGCCAUUCUGAUGCAAGGAGAAGCAGCGAUUUUGCCCCCAAUUUCCUGGAGGUCAUGGAUGUGGUCCUGGAGGCAUUGCCUUUUUGGUGUUGGAGCAGCCCUUCUGGAAUGACCUUAACAGGUUCAUUCUUCUCUCCCAUUUGGCCCGCCUUUCAGAAAAAGCUUCUCCAGCAGGCUUUUGAGACCUGAUAUCCUAGGUUGGGCCUGGGUUUUGAUUAUCAUGUGUAUCAGAGGUGGGAUUCAGCCGGUUCUGACCAGUUCUAGAGAACCGGUAGUGGAAAUUUUGAGUAUUGCUCAGAUCUGUUGGAAGGGAAGGGGAGAUUUCCAAUGCUCCCUGGAACUCAAUUGUGGAAGCCAGCACUUUCCACUUCCACUGCCCAUCAGAGGGUGGGAUUCACAGGUUCUGACCAGUUCUGGAGAACCGGUAGCGG